AUGUCUGAAUCUGAUGUUGAUGUAGUAUUAAUAACAGAUUUUAUUGAGGAAUUAAAUCAAAAUGAUCCUAAGAAACAAAGUUAUAAAAAUAAAGGAAUUAAAGAAGAAGAAAAUAUAUAUUCUAAGCUGAAACUUGCUAAAUUGGAUAUUUGA